CCAGAGUAUUUUGACCAGGAAGAAGCUAAAAUGGCAGAAGAGACAUCUGUAGCAACAUCCCCAGCAGCAGCAGCUGCCACCUCAUCCCCAGCGGCUAAGAAAGCCAAAGCUCCCAAGAGUGGUGGUGCAGCAAAGAAGGCAAAACCAACGCACCCAAAAACUUCUGAGAUGGUCAACAAGGCCAUCAAGGAAUUGAAAGAGCGCGGUGGAUCAUCCCUGCAGGCCAUCAAGAAGUAUGUGGCAGCCAACUACAAGGUUGAUGCUGAGAAACUAGCCCCAUUCAUCCGCAGAUACUUGAAAUCUGCCGUCACCAGUGGUGCUCUUGUGCAGACAAAGGGCAAAGGUGCAUCGGGCUCCUUCAAAUUGGCCACAACAGCAAAGGGUGAGAAGAAGACAGUUGAGAAGAAAAAGCCACGUGCACCGAAGAAGACUGCAACUGGUGAGAAGAAGGUGAAGAAAGCCCCAGCAUCGCCCAAGAAGAAGCCAACGGCAGCAACAAAGAAAACUGUGGCGGCAAAGAAGCCGAGUGGUGAGAAGAAGAAGAAAGCUGCGGCUUCUCCGAAAAAGGCUGCAGUGGCAAAGAAGGCAGCACCAAAGCAGAAACCAACAAAGCCAUCAGCAAAAUCACCGACAAAGCCAAAAGCACCCAAACCCAAGAAGACUGGGUCUCCGAAGAAAGCUGCAGCACCAAAGAAAGCAGCUGCAAAGAAGAAGUAAAAUUCUUUUCAGACAUCCUCAACAGAAUUUCUCCCAUAUUGGGAAACAAAAACAGUCCUUUUCAG